CAGCCCUGCCACCCAUGCCACCGAGUAGGCUUAACUCGCCCUGUCGCCGACUUGCCGAAAUUCGACGGUGACCAGGGUGUGCGUCGAUCGGUUGACCGUCUAACAUCACCAACCGACCCGCCGGCGUCGCCGCCCCCCGCCGCCGCCGCCCCGGGCUGGGUGGUCCGGCAGCGCGCGACCGCGGCCUUAGCCAGCGGGCGCAGGCUGCUCGAAAAAAUCCGAGUGUACAGCAUUACAGCAGUGUACAGCAGGAGCAGGACGAACAGCAGCAGCAGCAGCAUCAGCAUAACCAGUGGCAGUGUAGGGUACCGAGGGCGUGGAGUGCAACAUGGCAGUUCGUUACUGUUUCCCCUCAAAGUAUUACUACAUUACUACGACGGCCUGGAAUAGGACGGCCGCUACUCGCGAGUCUCCAUCCUCCGCGACCUCCGACCUGCCGUGUGAGUAGAAAUCGUCGUACAGUGUGUCCGCCUCGAUCUGUGUCUAAAAUAACAAAACCCGUCGGGCCCAUCGACUCGACAGUGGUAGCUCCAUAAAAAGUAGCACAGUGUCUGGGUGCAAGCCCGCUACCAGGGGGCAGCCAGGGACUAACGUACCUUGGUCGGCCAUUGCCUCUUGUAGCCGUGAGCACUGUAACGCUCUUUUCGCGGCCAUCUAGCGCGCUGUCCCAUGAUAGCGCGGAGCGCAUUACGGGCAUUGCCUGGUUAACAGCGACGAUCGCCUACGAGUAUUGGCAAUCUAAGCGAGACUAGGCAGGGUCUUUGCUGAGGUCACCUUCUCAGUGUGUUUUCGAUCUGUGCUCCCCAACUCACGAUAGUUAUCUUGAUUCGCGUUAAUGAUUUCCCAAUCGCCUUGUUACCUGCCUAUGACGAGGUGGCCUGCGCCAUUGAAGUCUGAGUCUGUCCUAUAUAUAUAAUCUGAUCUGGUCUGCCGACAUCGCCAUCGCCACUAUCACCGGCGUAGUGAUUGCUCGCCGCCGAGCCAAUAACCGCGCGAACCGUGUGUAGCGCGAAACAAGGACGCUACUGACCGCGCCCGGGCACGAUACCGUCGCCGUCCCGGGCGCUCUGCACUCAUUUUAUGUGCGGUUGUGUGACGAAAAGGAACCAUCGUAAAUAGUUGUACGCUGUUGUUAUUCACUGUGAUUGGAUAUAUUUGUACGUAAACCUCGUGUUGACGCCCGUCGCUCUUGUUAUAUUGUUGAUAACCAACGAGACAAACGUUUCAAGUCUUCAGCCUUCUCCACUUCGUUCUUCUUCAUCUCCAGUCGUUUAGCCAAUAGUUCUCUCCGUGCCAAUAGAGUGUGCGCCUGCCUGCCAGCCAAUACCGCGUGAGAUUCUAUGGUGGCGUUGACUACCGAAAAGUCGGGAUGAGCGUGCCUGACGAAGCGUCCUGGUGGCAGUCAACUCGUACGUCGUCGCCUGGGGUUGUUGUAGCCACUCCGAUCCGCGCCUACUACCCAAACAUCAACCGACCGGAAUAUCAUCAGCUACUGUUACUAUUGCUAGAUCAACCAAACAAUCAACCCGAGGACCUGAUCCACGCGCUUUUGCCGUCGUCCUGCGCCUUCUGUCCGCCUGCCGUCGACGAACAACAACAAAACGGAGAACACAAAGGGAUAGGCAAACAACAACAACAACAACAAUAUCAGUGUGCGCAGUGUCAACGGAAACAGUCACUGUUAUUAUUGAACCUAGCGCUGAAGCCAUUCAUACGAUCGCAACAAACACAGAAAAGAAACGACCUUUUCUCUUACCGUAACAGGCCUACAAACCACAAGCUACUGCAACAAUCAGUGCUUGACCUUCGUGCGUCUCUGACCUCUGUGUUCACCUUUAAUAGUCCACCAAAAGAUUGCUGGACUAGACACGUGCGUACAAUUUCUUACCUGAAGUUGCUGCCCGUUGUCACUGCAAUUUCAAAUACAGCCGCAGUUGCCGAGAUCGACAAGACCACCACUACUUCUAUUGCUACUAGUACUACUUGUUUGAAUAAUAAUUCAACUACUACAACUAAUAUUAGGACUUCAACUACGAGUAUUUCUACUUUUACUUCAAGUUCUGCUACGACAACGACAACAACAGCUGACCAACUCGGGAUCUGUCGCCGCCGUUAUCACAACAAUCGCACAACAAAUCUCGAAUUGUUGGCUCCCGAAUUCACAAUUAGAACGUCCAUUCCGGAGGGUGAGCUCAUUGACCCUAUCAGCUGUGGUGGUCAAUCACAGUGGAUCAUAGACACAGUAAGGUCGUGGUCACCAUCACCGCGCGCAGAACUGCUGGACGCCAGCAGGCCAUCAUCGGGCAAUAAUUUGGAGGGCAAACAAGUUCGAGGAAACGUAGUCGUCGUCGUUGAUCUUUUUCCUCUGCAGCUAUCCGAGGAAGCGGAACCCCAAGACGAAGUAGUUGUCGAAGCAGCAGCAGCGAAAGGAGAACAGAAUAGCGAUAAGGUAUCUGAAUCUUAUUGUCUAGUUCGAGAACUAUUGCUGCAAACGUCAGAGCCACUGUCUGACAAAGAAAUCGACCCGUACGUCAAAUUCGGCGGUCGGAGGCCAGACGGGCCUUGCAGCAGGACCAAAAGCAUUAGUUGGAUUACUAACCGUUUCAGCCGAUAUAGUAACAUCGCAGUGUCUCGGUGGCUAUAAGCUGCAAGCCGUACGCUGGCGCCACGCGCUGCCAAACCGUGAGCUGGCGGCGUGACUUCCCUGUCCCGCCUUGCCUCCACGCACUGGCCCCACCCAGCUCGGCCACGAAAAACGUUGGCCUCCUGUGAGCAUGGGAAAUAAACUUGGUUGUUCGUGCGCCCCGCUGACGAAGAACAAACCGCCGGGCGGACGGCCGCCGGAAAAUGAACCAUGGAUGAACCUGCGACGAAGGGACGGCCAUCUGCUUCGGUUAUGGGCAGAGGUCUUCCACGUCAGCGGAACAGGUGGGGCGAUAAAAUGGCAGCGCGUAUCCGAAGACUUGGUACCAGUGAACGUAACCUGCCUCCAAGACAACCCGGAUAUUGUCUUCCACAUCACGGCGUACGGCUCGCAGGUAGACAAGAUACUCGAUGUCAGACUGGUACAGCCGGGAACACGUUUAGGUCAGGCUUCUGAGUGCUUCAUUUACUGGAAGGACACACACACAGGAGAUACGUGGGGUCUCAACUUUACCUCCCCGAAUGAUGCCAAGCAGUUUCGAGAAUGCUGCUCGUCGACAUUCAAAUUCUCAAGAAAGGCUUCUUCCUCGUACUCGCUCAAACUAGACGCUAACAAUAAGAAAGUAAAGGGGAAGCGAAAACCACGGUCAACGCCGAGCUCACCGUCGCGGAAUCGAGCAGCCGCCUCCACAUCGGGCGGCGAGCUGCAAUGUACGUGCAUGACGGCCGAGAACCUGCAUCGUGCACGAAAUGGACGCGUCCGCUACACAGGCGCCGCUACGCUGCCUCGGCCAACGCUGCCACCAGCCAGUUCCUCCGCUAGUUCCGCCCGGCCGUCGGCUGUCGCCGCGGCGCGAGGCGACAAAGGUAAGCGCUCCGUGGAGCGCCAGCAAAAAUCCGAUCAACAAAAUCGAAGUCAGUCGACGCCGCGAGCGCGCCAACCGCAGAGCGUUGGUCAAUGCGGGUCUACGCAGCAGACGCCGCAGGCACAAGUGCGUUCCCGACAACAAAUCGCCCGCGCACAAUACGCCAGUCAACGAAAAGAACAAGCGAAAAGUGUUGACUACUCAUCGCAGUAUGCGAUCAACCAAGUACAUCAUAUCGGUGGCCAUGGAGUGCCACCGUCGUCAUCUGGGGUACGGUCCCGCAGCCCCCGGCAGGGUGCAGUCGGUUCCAGCGUGUCGAUACACGGCCGUUCGAAGAGCUCGGACAACGUUUUCGAGCAAAGCGAACGUGCUGACGAACGUGUUGGUGAACGUGGGGAGAGGUGCGCCACCGCGUGCGGCAAUGUAUCCGAGCUGAGCGGUCUGGCCGGACUCAGCCUUGACUCAAACACGCUCAAGCGCAUGCUCAACCCGUUGCCAUCCGGCUCGGGCUCCGCGCAUAGCUCACCCGUUGAUGCAGUAGCUGGUUGCAGCCUCGGUUCACAACGCGGCGGCCAUCCUGUGCCCCUACGGCCGCAAACGUCGCUAUCGUCAAUGCGUGGUGACGCUCAGCUUCAGCAGAUACAACAACUCCAGCAACAGCAGCAGCAACAACAGUCACGAAAACGGGCACAGUCUAUGGGCAGGCCGAGUGGACCCCAGCGACAACCAUCACGCGAUCGAGAUCAUCGGCCUGAUAUUGCUCGAGGUCGAAGCAUCGACCGCUUUCUCAUUCUCGAAUUGGACAAUAACAGCCCGGAACACUCAUCUGAACAGUACCUUUACGAUAACUUAUGCUACGCGACGACCCCCAGUUCGUCAAACGAAAACAGUGAUAUGCCGAGCAGUUCCGACGAGGUGGCUCCCUCCCGCGAGAGGGACCAGGACAGAGAGUCGCCUACCAGUAGACUUCUUCAGGAGUAUGAAGCCCAUCUGCGCAGCGCCUUAGCCAGAGGACUCGACGCUGAGAGUUAUAGUCUUCACACAUUCGAGGCUUUGCUAACUCAAAGUAUGGAGAAUGUCGUGUCGUUGAUGCGGGAAGUGCAUACAGAGCUCGAGCAGAUCCGACAGGAAGAGCUGGCUCUCGCUAAAAAGCCCGCUCAGCCAGCGGGUGACGUGACGCCCACGAAUUCGUGCAACAAUAACAACAACAACAACAAUAAUAAUAACAACAACAACAACAACAACAACAACAACAACAACAUUCCCAAUCGAUCAUCGUUUGAUUCUCGCACUCUUCCGUCGGCGAGCAGGAUGUCCUCUUCCGGUCUUCACGAACGAGGCAGUCUGUCGGGACGGCAUUUGUCCGUUCCUAACAUAGACCAGGCCCAUACCUUAUUGAAGCAAAGCUCGAUUGAAAGCGCAGACUCGAGAAUCUACCUCACAUCCUCUGAAAUGUCAGACGAUGAACGGCUGUCGUUGACGACGGCGAUUAGCGACGAGGAUGAGCACGAGUCACAGCGCGCAAGUCCAUAUCGAUCUAAGGCCGCGUCCUUUAACUGCACAGGUGCUGUCCGCAAAGCGGGCUUCCUUAGUGUUAAGAAGUGGUUACUGCGUAGAAGACACCAGGUCGAACUCGCCCGCAAGCGAGGAUGGCGCGGAUAUUGGGUGUGCCUUAAAGGCACGACGCUCUUAUUUUACCCCUGUGAUAACCGAGAGGGUCGAGCGAUCGAUCAAACGCCCAAACACCUCAUCAUCGUUGAUGGAGCUAUCAUGCAGCCCAUCCCUGAGCACCCAAAACGAGAUUUUAUCUUCUGCUUGUCGACCGCUUUCGGAGAUGCGUAUCUAUUCCAGGCGCCGUGUCAAGUGGAGCUAGAGAACUGGAUACACAGCAUCCACAGCGCAUGCGCUGCGGCGUUCGCCCGACACCGCGGCCGGACGGGGACUCUGCACCUUCUUCAAGAAGAGAUAUAUCGGCUAGGGAAGGAGAUCGAGUCGGAUGCCAAAUUGAAGCACAUGGCCGAACUGCAACUUACCGUCGUAGCUGACGCUGCUAGCCGGCAGACGUUGACUGAGCAAAUCGGCCAGUGGGAGGCCAAUCUUGAACGGCUGCAUUGUGAGCAGUUCCGACUUCGGUGCUACAUGGCUUCCCUUCAGGUGCAGGAGCUGCCUAACCCAAAAAACCUUCUGACGCACGUCUCCAAGGCGACAAAGUCAACACUCAAUCAAUUGGGCGUGUUCACUGUGUCUUCGUUUCACGCGUACAUCUGCGCGCGUAGUCCGUCGAUUCUGUCCAACCUACUGGCGGGAAGAAGUGCCUCUAAAAGACGCUCGGCUUCCUCAAGACAGAAUACGCUAUCUCGAUCAGUCAGCUCUCGUUACCUCAACACUCAGUCGUCAACACAUUCCAGCGACAUCCCUUCACUCGGGGAACGGACAGUUGAGAUCGCGAUGCCCGAAUGCCAGAGUGCGUUACUGGCGAUCCGCGACGGGAUCACCGUCGAGGAACUGCUAGUGUCCGCGUGCACAAAAGGCCAACUUUCAGCCAACGACUACUUUUUGCGUUUCCAAGCAUCUCUUGACAGUCCAGAAUAUUACGUCGCUCCUCGUACGAAACUCCUGGAUAACCUGUUGUUCGAGGCGCUUGAGGUGUGCCCGAAAGUGCUCUACCAGGUAGAGCUUUCGCGGACAACGACGGACCAGCUGUUUGGUUUCUCGGUUGAAGCCGAGUUGUCGGAAAAUAGCGACCAUCAAGACGAGUUGUGUGUAUACGUGUCACGAGUUGAGGAGGGCAGCCUGGCACACAGCCAGGGCCUAAUCAAGGCCGACGAGAUUAUGGUGAUCAACGGGGCAAUCGUGGCCGACCUCGACAUGAUGUUCAUCGAGUCGGUGCUACAAGAAGAACUCUCACUCUGCAUGAUGGUCCGAUCGUCACGGAUGGAGGCCCCGGAUAUCGCCACUGGAUCAUGCAGCAUCCGAUCUGCCGACAACUACAUCGAAUCAUUGGUAUGUCCACCUCCCCCGUGCGAUGACGUACUAUCAGAAGAGAUGAUUGGAAAGUUGAUCGUACCGUCGCCAAUCUGGGGUUCACAAGAGACUCGGUCUCCCGAUACGUCGGGUAGGCCAACACCGUCGCCAGUUCAAGUGUGCGAACCACCCGGAGCAGCAGGGCUGUCUAAUGAACAAAUGGAAUCGCUGCUUAAGGUCAUUGAGGAUUCAUGCAAAAAAACUGCCGAACAAGUGACGGAAUAUUGCCGGGGCGGUGAUCGUCGGAGGUCGAGUUUGGGCGGUUCCCAAAUCAACCUCCAAUCGGUGCAGGCGGCACCAGGAUCGGCCUUGGGCCAAACGGGCUCAUUAGGGCAAUAUCCGACGUCCGCCUCGUUCGCAGGUCCCACACCGCAGACCACAAUCACGAAGCAGAUGUCCGACGCGGAAAAGCUCCGCAAGGUCAUCCUCGAACUGGUGGACACCGAGAGGACCUAUGUAAAGCAAAUGGGAGAGCUCAUUGAUUGGUACGUCGCUGUAGGCAACAAAAGCAAACCGCCCAACAGCGAAGUUACUAAGCAUCUCAACAGUCUACUGGAAAACUAUCUGGAACCGACUAAGCGCGAACAAUUUUUCGCUAACAGCGAAAUCAAUGCCUUAUUUGGAAAUAUACAAGAUAUAGUACAAUUCCAACAACAAUUUCUACAAAGUCUUGAGGAUGCCAUUCAGAUGGAGUCCGGCUUCAUGCAACUCGAACAUCCUAACUAUUUCAAGAAUAUCCUGUUUGCUUUGGGUAACUCGUUCAUGUUCUACACUGACCAGUUUAAGCUGUACAGUUCUUUCUGCGCUAGUCAUUCAAAGGCACAGAAGGUUCUACACCCGACGGAAAGUGGCACUGUUAGCAGUGCGUCAGCAUGUCUUACGUCCGAGAUGACGUGCUCCGCGGGGUCCACAUCGUCGGUGCAGAACCGCAAAGGGACUCACAGCUUCUCCCUUGAGUCCUACCUCAUCAAGCCAAUUCAGAGGAUCCUCAAGUACCCGUUGCUUCUUCAGCAGUUAAAGCACCUCACAGACCCGGUCACCGAAGAGCAUCAACAUUUGGCGGAGGCCCUCAAGGGCAUGGAAAGGGUGGCGGAACACAUCAACGAGAUGCAGCGCAUUCACGAGGAGUACGGGGCAAUUUUCGAGCACCUUUACAGACAGCAUACGCGCACCACCAAGCAGGCUGUCGACCUAAGUCCGGGCGAGUUGCUCUACUACGGGGGCGUCGAGUGGCUCAACAUCGCCGAGUUUCUCGGCAAGAUCAAAAAGGGUCUCGAGCUUCACGCCAUGUGUUUUGUGUUCCGCACGGCCGUUGUGUUUCUAUGUAAAGAACGGAUCCGACAAAAGAAGAAGCUAAUGGGCGGAGCAAUUAAGGGUUCUUCGGGCGCGAAUGAGGUGGAAAUCAUUCGCUACCAAGUGCUGAUACCCGUCACCGAAGUACAAGUUAGAGCUAGCAACCAGAAAGACGCUGAGUCACGUUUUCUCUGGGACCUCAUUCACCUCAAAUCGCAGAUUCAGAAGCGCUCGGAAAAACUCUAUCAGCUUUCCAAUAGUACAAGUGACUUUCGGAAUGCGUUUCUUCGGACGAUCCGUCAGAUUAUCCGCGAAAGCGUGAGGAACAUGACGGUACCCGCAGCCUCGGGUGGGGCUAACAACCCCGGCCUUAGCAAGGUCAGCGGGGCGCAGACCAUGACGCGAACUUUGAGCGGCAAGCGGCGCAGUAGGCACUCGGGUGAGACGGAUGUCCUCGGAGGCAGCGGAGACAUUCUCUCCUCGCCGCUACACGGGGCGACCGGCACCAUUGCAUCCGCCAGUGAUUUCAGGACGCGCAGUCGAACCGUGACGGACUCGAUGGAUGCCGUAGCGGCAUCGGACUUACGAGCCGUCGCCGCUGCAGCGGUGGUAGCCCGUACCCAGCGCGGCAUGCAGUUGCAGCAGAUGCAGCAGCCUUCGAUGCAGAUGCCGGAUGAACCAUCCGACAACGAUGAGUCGGACAAUCUCGAGGAACACCGGCCAGACAUUCUCUUCAACCCUAUCGAAGCAUCAGCUCGGGCUCACUCGUCAUUAUCGGUGUCGAGCGGUCAGUCCGGAUCACAGCAGGCUCGCCUCAUUCAGUCAUCGACUAAUAACCAGAAUCAAAUCUAUGAUGAGCAACAAUCCGAAGAAGCAAGCUCGCCUAUUUGGAAACCUAGGCCGGGUUCAGCUCCGCUAACGGGAGGAGAAGGCUCUGGUGGUGGCGACGCACGUAUCGACAACGUCAUUAGCAGUGGGCGUAUGACAUCAACGGACGUUGUUGCAGCGGCCGCAACAACGAUAGGCAGCGCAGCGGGGCCCCCGUCAGCGGGAUCUGCGCUUGGCCCCGGAACGCCGACGUCUUCCGCGGGCCAGCAGCGGCAGUAUUUUAUGUACAAUGACUACCACAAUACUCUCGGAACUUCGAUGAGCAUGGGGGUGUACGAGGGGCAGCAGCUUCCACAGCCGCCUCCAGAAGAAGACGAGGAAAUUGAGGAAGAAGGCGACGAGGAGGUUGAACUCGACGAGCCGCCUCCAUUGCCGCCACAUCAUCACUAUCAACAGCAUCCCGAAGACACAUGCUAAACAAAAACGAAACAAACAAACGGGAAUAGUGGAAAAGAUCUCACCUGCUAGACAAGAAGGUCAGCGGUUGGACGGUGUAAAAACAAACAAAUCAUCAAUACAAGUAAGAUAAUGAUACACGAUCAACAAAUACACAGCGUCAUUCAUCCAUAGCGCACAACAAUCAGCGCGGCAACAACCUACAUUCAUGCACGAGACGGAACGGGGCCGCCGACAAUAGGCAUGGUACGUGUGCGGCCUGUUCUCAUAAGAUUUGCGAUGGACGGCUAAAUAGGAACAAGAAGUGGCCUAAACAGCAAACGGGUAUGCUCUACAAAUAUGACCCGUGACAUCAACGAGACAUUUAAGACCUGGUAUGAGCACUCGACAACCGUGAGGAACGUCAAAGGGAAUGCUCAUCUGGCACUAGUCACAAUGCACACAUACAGAAACAAACGUACUCACACGUUGUCGGCUUACCUGCUGCAUCGCUCGAGUCUGAAGGCUUUUCCUAUAUGCCUCCUCAGGCAACGUCGUAUGGUAACAGAACACAUCACAGAGGCGGAUGAAGCAUUAUCACAUCGAUGAAGAAUACGGUUAGAUGAGAGAGAGAGAGAGAGAGGGAGAGGGGGAGAGAAGGAGAUAGUGUGUGUGUGUGUGAGAGAUAGGGAGAGAGCGAGAGAGCGAUAGCGAGAGAGAGAGAGAGAGAGAGAGAAAGCGUGUUUUCGUGUGCUCAGAAUGUUCGACGUGCAGAAGGUCAUGACAAACAUUCUACCCUUCCUCGCGCGCUCGCUCAAGCAUUGGUUAAUGAUAACUACUGACAGUAUUACGUCUACUAUGAUUAUUACCUACUGAAAAAAGCCUACACUUACUACAAACUGAUGAGAACUCUAAACGGCACCACUAUAUUACUACAACUAUUAAACGAAAGGAGAGCACGAACAUAGGGCACAUGUUCAGCAGUACUUCAGGAUCGUGUUAGAAGCAUUCGCAAUGAUGAUUAACUCUCUAGAUACAGUUAAUAAACAAAGUGCUAAUCAAUCUGUACGAACUUUUAGUAAUAUUUUUCCGCUUCCGUUAAAUAGCGAAACAGAAAAAAAGGGGGGUACAAAAGCAACACAACUAGGGAAACAGACGAGCGGAAAACGGCGAAACUUGGUGACCUGCUGACUACGAGUUGUACUAUAUUCAUGAAUACGAUUAGCUCUGAAGGAAGGCUUAUCAAUGGCGGCGAAUGAUCAUGAAGAACAAUGCGGUGAGCAGGAAUGCCGGCGGGGGGUGGCAGGGUAAGUAAAAUCGUAACGACAUAGGACGAAAAUAGGGCGUUGACGAGCCGCAACUGUCGAACAGAAGGAAAUGACUUGCAGAUGUGCAGGGAGAAGAACGGCAAUCGCCAAAUAAGGAUCACAGAAAGAAACUGCCCUUCGAAGCAGAUUUAUGAACAAAAACAGCUACGUUAUUACUACAACAACAUUAGCGGGCGGAAAAAUGAACCAAGAGAAAGUCAGGAGGGAACAGGCGCAAAUAGUGCAACAAGACAAUAAAUACCGAACCGGUGAAAACGUCAACAACGUCAUGGCGAUGAUGGCGACGGUGAUGAUGGCGCAGGACGGCCAACGUUGUUCUUACGUCGCGUAGAAAAUACGCUAAUACUAAUGAGACAAUGACAAAAGAAAUGUGAGCAGUGAUAGUAUCAGGUAGCAGCUGCAACUUCAUAAAUUUCGUCUCUUUAAGAGGGGACGCCAACAAUACGAAAAAAGAGGACAUGAAGUACGAAGAAUCAUCACUCAUCAAUCCUGCUAACAGAAAAAAGAAAGAAAAGAUAAUUAAUAAUAAAAACAACAACAAUAAAGACAAGAGACGAUGAAUGAUAACAGCAACUGGAACAUCAGAAGCGGGCAUAAAUCAUAAUUGAAAAAAAAAAACAAAUGUAUGAUAUUAAUAAUGAUAACAACAAUAGUAAGAGCGCGAGGCAACAACCGCACAGAAACUUAAACAGGGGUAGAUACAGAGAGGAGACAGUUACGUAAAAUAAAAAUGAUCAAUUGGGCGGAAGUCGAAGAGGAAGGACGAACGUAAUAUUCACCUGUUAUAAGAAAAAAGACAAUAAUAAUAAUAACGAGAAAAAUGAACGCAGUGAAAACUAAACCGCGGGAAAUCUACAAAAGUAAAUAAGCGACAGAACAGAAACGCAGAUUCGAGCACACAGAAGUCCGAGCACAGUCCGCCUCGCGUCAUUCCGAAGCCGCAAGUCGACGGUCUCUUCAAAUCAAGUUACAAAUGUAAAUAAAUACUCCUCUCAACGUCUGUUAUCAGCAAGUGCUCAUCUCACUGCGGUAAGGUACCUGAAUCCUUGUAAUGAACAAAAAGGCAGAGGAAGACCGAAGAACAAACCAAUAACAAAUAUUCAACUGCUCAACAGUCGGCUUCAGUAAUCUUCGCUUGACUCGGGCCACUUGGCUUGUGACCGUUUCCCGCCAAAAACAUCAGCAACAGAAAUACAUCUACAUAAAUAACCAUAUAUAUAUAUAUAUAUAUAUGCACACACACACCUACAUUCAGUGACGAUGCAAUGCACACACAAGAAUAAACAACUAAACGAAUUUGGCAUUAAAAUUACGCACAUACACAAUGACACACGCAAGCGCGCGUUCCACCCCACGGGCAUCUGAUACAUUCAUUUCAUUUAGGGUAUAGCCUAUAUCUUUCUGUAUAUAGUCAUUUUUAUUUCAAGUUAAAUUUUAAAUCUGUUUUCGUGACCGAUGUUCCCAAACCGACUAAAAGGCCAGUCAAGGACUACGCAACACAAAUUCAGUUACAAUUUGAGAGCCUAUUUUUUACGAUGCGCGUCAAAUUUUUAUGUAGGGAUGUCAUAUGAAAUACAAGCGCGUAGGUCAGACGAAGCCAUGCAUGAAUCAAGUGCUGGUUACUUGCUUGGACCGUUUUUUGUUCUAAUUCUUCGUUACGAUGGAAGCAUUAUUGGAUCGUCAUGGGUCUACGAGAAGAUUUUGCGGUGCAAACGGAGCUCUUCGAUGUCCUCAGUAAAACAAACGAUACCUAUUCGACUUCGGCAUGGAGUUCAGCUUAUUUUUACUGACUUGCAAUUGUUAUUCAAUGGAACACUUAUCCUGCUAGAAACGUUAUUGCUCUGUGCUAAGAAGAUGAGACAUGUGAAUCUACAUACUCAAACGCGUGCGUAACAUUGGCCAUCAAACAGCAACGGACACAAAAAGAAAUACACAAACUUCAACAUUAUAUUUACGGAUAGAGAGUGUAUAAGUUAGUAUCAUACAAAAAAAAACAUACUAACAAUAAUAGCAACAACAUAUAUGGUGCGAAUAGAAAAGAAAACUUAUCGAGAUCGAACGGAAACAGUAGGUGGACGAUGGAAAAUAAAUACAGUGAAUAGCUAUAAUAAAGGUGGAACGGAAAAAGGUCACAGAUGAUGACAGAGAGACAUGGGCUAAGAGAAAGAUGAUAAUGAUUAUUAUAGAGGUUAAUUAUAAUAAUAAUAAUAAUUAUUAUUAUUAUAAAUGAUUAUGAUAAUAUGAUUCAACAUUGAAAGUUCUCGCGGUGAAGGAUGGCAUUAUGACGACGACGAAGAAGAACUUGAUGAACAAUAAUGAUGAUUAUAUUAUGACGAUGAUCAUAAUGAAGAAAAGGUGGAGCUAAUUAUAACGAAUGCUGCUACUCUAUAUUAUGAUAAUGAUUGAAGGUUAUUAUAAUUAUAUAUUGUAGACUAUUCAUAAAACAAUAAUGAUCGACGAAGACCACACUAAUUAUUGAUGAAGAAGGGCAUAAUGAUGAUGGUACUAAUAAUACUAACGAUAAAAUAAUAAUUAUAACAACAAUAAUAAUUAUUGUAAUGAAUAAUUAACUAAUAAGAAGGCAGCGUGACUAAGAAUAAUUACAGACAUAGUGGAAGCUAUAUGUCUAAGCUGGUGAGAGAGUGGCUCGAGAACCAGAAAAGAGUAAAUGUCGACGGCGGUGGCGACGACGGCGACGGCGACGACGACGACGAUGACGCCAGUAGCUCUCGCCGAACUUGAGAAAAACAGAAAAUACCUAGAUAUAGAACAGGCUGACACGACUCUCCAUUAUUCAGUGUACGUGUCAAUGUAUGAGUGCGUGACAAACGAGGACGAAAAGAAGAGAGCGAACAGAUCGGGAACAACCCAUGGUGUUUGUUGCAGCGCAAAGAACAGCGCAUCCAGCGGCCAACGACCGCGUCUGGGCCUGUCACCUGUAAUUUAGCACAGAAGACACCAACAACACUAACAUUAUAGGUCAUUCAUUAUUAUUAUUGCUGAUUCAACCUUGCUGAGUGGCAUGAAUCCAAACAGAUAUAAUACACGUAACAAACAAACAAACUGCAUACGAUUUUUUACGAUGCGCAGACGGAAUCGCGCCGAGGUUAGAGGCACGCAUAGAGAUGGAAGGAAAACAAAUCGCUCUAUGGAAAAAAAAUGAAUGAGAUUUUAAAGACUUGAGUAUAAAGAAUGAAGUACGAGUGCGGAAAGCGUGAACGUUUGGUGACGAAAUGAUAAUUAUACAUAAAACAGAUGUAUAACGGUGGUCAUGACGAAAAGGGUAAUUCCAAUGAAAACACUAAUAAUUAUGAUAAAAAAUAAUGAUAACACGAGCAGUAACAAUAAUUAUGUAUAUAAUAUAAAGUAAUAACAACAACAAUACUAAAAACGAGCAGGCAUUGAACUGUGACAAGGAAGACAGAAAAAAACAUAAGGCUAAAAAAAGAAGAUGAUUAUGGAGAC